AUGGAUUCAGAUAGCUUUAUUAACGUUGGUUCCAAGAAUGGCCCGGUAGCAAACUACUCCAAGCCUCGAAAGAUUUUAAUUUACACAGAGUUCUUUUACAGCGGUUUACCUUGGCCGGGAUUGACAACUACAGAAGAUUUCACUGAGUUCAAAGGCCAGAAAUGUCCAGUAACCAACUGUGAACUAACAUACGACAAGAAUGACUCCACGAGUAGCGACGUAGUAAUCUUUCACGCAUACAAUAUGCCCUCUUCAAAAGAGAUGCUUCGAUUGCAACGUCAAAGGCGUCAACAUCAAGUCUGGGUUUACUUCCACCUGGAAAACCCAAUAGUUACAUCGUAUAUUGCACCUCAUAAGCACCGCAGUGACUUGGACAAUGUGUUUAACUGGACAAUGACGUUUAUGCGAGAGUCGGAUAUUUUCCAUCCUUAUGGAUUUUAUUUGCCGCUAACGAAAGGUGAACGUAGUUCAGUAUCAAGUCAAAAUCACGCCAUUGGGAAGACGAAGCUUGCUGUAUGGUUGGGAAGUGGUUGUGGCCAAGUUCUGGAUGAAAGAAAAGUCAGAAUGAUGUACAUACAUAACCUGAGAAAGCUCAUUCCCGUUGAUAUUUAUGGGAAUUGUGCGAAAUAUUUCCAUCAAACAGUCCGAGACUGCCCGAAAACGGCGGACGAUCAUCCGGCCCCAGAAUGUGCUUCUCUCUUGCAAGAAUACAAGUUUAUCCUGGCUUUCGAGAACAUGAAUUGCAAAGAUUACAUCACUGAGAAAUAUUGGUGCAAUCCCUUGGAACUGGGAUUGGUCCCUGUAGUGAUGGGGGGUGCAGAUUACAAAGCCCUUGCUAUACCAGGUUCUUAUAUAAACGUGUUUGAUUUCUCGUCUCUGAAAGAAUUAGCAGAUUAUUUGAUGUUUCUCGACAAAAAUGACGGAGAAUAUAAUAAAUAUUUCGAGUGGAAGAAGCUUUAUAAAGUUGGCGGCUGUUUGCGAGGCUACAACAUGGCGAACCACUACCCCUGGAUGUGUGAAAUUUGCGCUGCUGCGAACAAUGGAUCGCUUUUAAGUAAACCUAAGUUCUAUAAAAAGGUUCAAAAUUUUUAUGACCCAGAAAAAAGAUGCGGAAUACAAUAUUCACGGCUGAAGGAAAUCAUAUCAGAAGCAUUUGAUAACUCUCAAAAACUGCUUAAAGAUACGACAAGCAAGAUCAAAUCAAACAGUAUUUGA